UUUAUACUGAACAAAUGCAAAAUAAAUUGGAAAUAUUAAAAACCGAAGAAAAACAAUUAAACGAUGAUCUUGCAGUAUUUGAAAUAAAAUAUAUUCAUUCAGUUGAAAUUGGCAAACUUCAGGAAGAAAUAUUAGUUUUACACUCAGUUUGGAAACUAGUGAAUACUUGGGAUGAUAUUUGGAAAGACUAUAAACAAAAACAAUUUUGGCAUAUACAUGUUUCUGAUUUAAAAGUUACUGUGUCCACAUUUUUCGAUCAAUUUAAUAUUUUAGUUAAUGGAUUAAAAAAUAAAAAAUGGGAGGUAAUAGAAACAACUCGUAAUAAUAUUGACGAAUUUCGUAAAUUAUUACCGGUGGUCGAUGAUUUAAAAAAUCCGGCAAUGAAAGACAGACAUUGGGACGAAGUACGAAACGUCAUAAAUAAAAAAUUAAUCCAGAAAAGUUCUGAUUUUACGUUAGAAAAAUUAAUGGAAGUUAAAAUUCAGGAUUACAGUGAAAAAAUUAGUGAUGUGUCAAGAAAAUCAACAAUAGAACUAGGUUUAGACAAUGCUAUACAAAAUAUAAAAGAAAUAUGGUCCAGUAAAAAUCUACACUUAGAACCCUACAAAGAUAAAGGUAUUUAUUACGUGAAAGUGAAUGAUGACAUUUUUCAAUCAUUAGAAGAUCAUCUUAUGCAGCUAUCUGCGAUCAAGGCAUCAAAAUAUAUUUCCGUUUUCCUAAACGAGGCAGAUUUUUUAGAAAAAUCUAUAGGUCUCAUCAUGGAAGUUUUGGAAAUUAUUCUUUCAGUUCAACGACAGCAUAUUUAUUUAGAAAAUAUAUUUAUUGGAGAUGAUAUACGACAUAAAAUGCCAAUUGAAAGCAUUGACUAUGAUAUUUUAACAGAAGAAUGGAAAGAAAUAACCAUUCAAAUGUAUAAAGAAAAUAAUUUAUUCAGAGCAUGUAAUUGUAAAUCUUUAUUCAAACAUUUAAAUACGAUGAAUUACCGCUUGGAAGUCAUACAGAGGGCUUUAGAAGUGUAUAUGGAAUCAAAACGUCAUAUAUUUCCGAGAUUUUAUUUUAUAUCAAAUUGCGAAUUAUUAGAGAUACUAGGAAACUCUAAAAAUCCUGAAUCUAUACAACCACAUUUAAAAAAGCUUUUUACCAAUGUCUAUAGCAUAAAAAUCAUCACAAAUAACAACCAGAAAAAAGAGGUACAAGGUAUGUUUUCUAAAGAUAAAGAGUAUGUAGACUGGAACCAACCGGUUAUAUGUGAUGGACCAGCAGAAAUUUGGCUAAAUUCGAUAGAAGAUGCAAUGCGCAAUUGCCUAAAACAAAUAUUAAAGCAAGUAAAAUUAUCAUUAACGAAAAAUCUAAAAACUCGUGACAAGUGGAUAUUGGAGUGGCCAGGACAAUUAUGUAUUGCUGCAUCUCAAAUUCAGUGGACCGCCGAUUGUACCCGAUCAUUAGUACAGUCCAGACAUUUAAAACACAAGUAUCCUUUAAAAAAAAUGUAUAAAAAACAAAAAAAUAUAUUGACAAAGCUCUCAAAAGUGGUCCGGAGCGAUUUAUCGAGUACUGAAAGAUUAAAAGUCGUGGCUUUGAUCGUGAUAGAGAUACAUGGUAGAGAUGUAGUUGAAUACAUGUACAAAUCAAAUUGCAUGGACGUGUCUGCAUUUGAAUGGAUGUCUCAAUUACGAUUUUACUGUGAUAAAAAAUCAAAUGAUAUUGUUAUAAGACAAACUAACACCAAACAACUAUAUGGAUACGAGUACUUAGGCAACUCUGGAAGAUUAGUUAUCACUCCUUUAACUGAUAGAUGUUACAUCACAUUGACUACAGCAAUGCAUAUGCAUCUUGGUGGAAACCUUAAUGGUUCAACGUAUACGGGUAAAACCGAAACUAUAAAAGAUUUAGGGAAACAUUUGGCCCAAUUUGUUAUAGUCGUGAAUUGUUCUAAAAGUCUAGACUACAAAAGUAUGUGUCGCAUUUUCUUAGGACUUGUGCAACAAGGUGCUUGGGGUUGUUUUGAUGAAAUUCAACGAAUAAAAAUCGAAGUUUUGUCCUCUAUAACACAACAAAUAUCAUCUAUAUUUUCGGCUUUGGCGGCGGAUCUAAAAACGUUAGUUAUAGAAAACAGAAAUGUUGCAUUAGUAUCAUCUUGCGGUAUAUUUAUCACAACGUGCCCAACUAAUGAAUAUAAUAAGUACUUACCAGACAACUUUAAAUCAAUGUUUCGCACUGUGUCUAUGAUAGUCCCAGACAGUAAGCUAAUCGCUGAGACAAUUCUUUUUAGUGAAGGGUUUAAAGACUCUAAGACACUAGGUAACAAGAUAUUCGUUGUAUAUUCACUCUUCAAACAAAUAGUAAACAAACAAAACUAUUGUGAAUAUGGACUUCGGAGCUUAAUUGGAUUAAUAAAGUAUGCAGGAAAUUAUAAACGGACAAACACGGAAAUACCGGAUAAUGAGAUUAUUUUACUAGCAGUCCAUAAAACGAUUUUAGCAAAUAUAAAUAAGGAAGAAUUACCAAUAUUUACGGACAUGAUCAAUAAUUUAUUUCCAGACAUAACUCCACCUGAAACAAAAUAUGAAGUUCUAAUAGACGCAAUAAAACGUAGCAUGCUGAAAAACAAUCUACAACCAACCGAUUCUGCUGUUUUAAAAAUUGUUCAAUUAUACGAAAUAAAAACUUAUAGAUCUUCUGUUAUAAUAAUAGGAAAUUCUGGAGCCGCUAAAAGCAUUACUUGGAAAACACUAAGAGAUGCACUCAUUUUACUGAAGCGUGAACAAAUCAAUUCAUUCGAAACAGUUAUUGAAUAUGUUUUAAAUCCAAUAACAUUAACAAUAGAAGAACUAUACGGUAAAUAUAAUCAUGCUACACAUGAAUGGGAGGAUGGAGUUUUUUCGUCAAUUGUACGCAAGAUUUGUUCCGAUAAUGGAUUGGAACAAAAGUGGGUGAUACUAGAUGGACCACUCGAAAACCGAUGGGUUGAAAAUAUGAGUUCUGCAAUAGACGAUACCAACAUUUUAAUUUUAGAAAACGGGGAACGCAUUUUAAUACCAAAACAGGUGUCUUUUCUUUUCGAAGUAGAAGAUUUAAAAGUUGUAUCCCCUGCAAUUAUUUCAAAAUGUGGUAUACUUCAUAACAAUCAUAACGAUUAUGGAUGGCGAUUAUACGUCAACUCGUGGUUAAAUAGUUGCAAGUUUAAACUGUUUAAAGAUGAGAUGAAACUUAAUUUCGAACAUUACAUUGACGAUUUACUUGUAUUUAAAAGAUUAAACUGUAUUGAAAUAGUUUCAUUAACUGAUCAAAAUUGUGUAAUAUCUUUGUGCAAGUUAUUAGAAAGCUGCACAUUUCACGAUUUGGCUGAUAAAAUUCCUAAUGAAUUAAAUGAUGGCCAAUACAAAUUUUUAAUUAAGAUUUGGUUUAUUUUUUGUAUGAUUUGGUCAAUAUGUGGUUGUUUGAGUGAGGACGGGAAAAAGAAAAUUGAUGUAUAUUUUAGAAAUCUUGAAGGCAUUUUUCCUAUAAAAGAUACAGUUUAUCAUUAUUACGUCGAUAAUAAUUACUGUAAAUUUCAACAUUGGGAACAAAAACUCUCAACUAAUACAUGGACAUAUGAUAGAGAAGUACAAUUUUCCAAAAUAAUUAUUCCAACCAUAGAUACUAUUCGCCACAGUUAUUUAAUACAAUCAUAUUUAAGUAAAAAGCAACCGGUUUUAUUAGUUGGACCUAGAGGUUGUGGCAAAACAUUGAACGUUAAAAAUUCAUUUUUAACUAUGAACAAAUCUGAAUAUUCUCUUUUGAACAUUAAUAUGACAGCUUGGACUUCAUCAAAUGAUAUUAAAGAAACGAUCGACGAUAAGUUAGAAAAACGCACUAAAGAACUUUAUGUUCCACUAACUGGAAAAACAAUGGUUACGUUUUUGGAUGAUAUGCAUAUGCCUAUAAAAGAAGCUUGCGGAGUCCAGCCUUCCUUAGAAUUGAUUAGACAUUGGGUCGACUAUGGGUUCUGGUACGACACAAAAAAACAAUGUCCAAAAUAUGUCAAAAAUAUGCUUCUUAUAUGUGCUCUGACUCAGUUUGAUAAAAUUGAACACUUUAUUAGCAACCGAAUGUUGAAUCGUUUUAGUGUGGUCAAUAUACCAUCUCUCGAAGAAAACGAUAUCUAUACAAUAUACAACACCAUACUCGGUCAACAUUUAAAAAAAUUCGACGAAACUGUGUCAGAAAUAGGUAAUGGAUUGACUUCGAUGACGAUAAGCCUCUAUAAACAUUUAAUGAUUAGCAUGACUCCAACUCCAUCAAAAAUACAUUAUUUAUUUGAUUUGAAAGAUAUUUCAAAAGUAUUUCAAGGUUUACUUCUUAGUAAUGUCAAGUAUCAAAAUUUUAAAGUGCCUAUGUUGCGACUUUGGUGUCAUGAAGUAUUCCGUGUUUUCUAUGACCGUUUGGUUGAUACAAGCGAUCAAAAAUGGUUUCUAAAUCAAAUAAAUCACCAACUUGAAAAUAAUUAUCAUUUGUCAUAUCAUGAUUUGUGUGCAUCGAAAAAAAAUCCAAUAUUUUUUAGUUUUCUAAAUGAAGAAAUGCUGUACGAAGAAGUCGUAGAUGAAGAUUACUUGAAAAAAUUCAUCAAAUGUAGCAUUAAAGAAUACAAUUCUAACUCUGAGUUUGUGCCACUAGACAUUUUAUUGUUCAGGGAUUAUAUAGAACAUAUUUGUCGUAUCGUCAGAGUCAUAUCACAACCAAUGGGUCACAUACUUCUCAUAGGCAUUGGUGGAUCGGGUAGAUCAUCGCUAGCAAAAAUAGCCUCGUGGUUGUGCAAGUACAGUAUUUUUACGAUUGAGUUGUCCAAAUCGUACGGAACAUCGGAAUUUAAAGAAGACUUAAAACUAAUUUAUUCCGAAACGGGAAUAAAAAAUCAACCAACAUCAUUUGUGUUUAAUGAUACACAAAUCGUUGACGAUUCAUUUUUGAAAAUCAUUAACAGUAUUUUAAGUACUGGCGAAGUAACACGAUUAUUCGAAGAAAAUGAAUUUAAAGAAAUCAAAAAUGCAUUAUCAGAUAACAUUAAAAAUGGAGACAAAAUGGAAUCAUCCGAAGCAGUUAAUUCAAUUUUUAUAGACCAAGUUAAAAACAACCUACACUUUAUUCUAUCUUUCAGUCCUAUAGAAAAAUCAUUUAGAGUACGGUUAAGGCAAUAUCCUGCAUUAUUAAAUUGCACUACAAUUGACUGGUUUUUGGAUUGGCCAAAAGAAGCUUUAUUGGAGGUGGCAUCAACUUCUCUCGAUGAUCUUGAUAUUUUAGCAACAAUUACUGGAGAACAAAGAGCAUAUGGAGAAGAAAACGAAGGAACAACUCAGGACAAACUAAAAAGUUCAUUAGCUUCUAUUUUUUCUUCUAUUCACAAUUCUGUAAUAGAAUAUUCCAAUCGUAAUAAAGUUGAAUUGAAUCGUACAAAUAAUAUAACACCAGCUGUUUAUAUAGAAAUGAUAUUUAGAUACAAAAUAAUACUACACGAAAAGCGUAUUGAAAAACAAAAUAUGUCAAUUAAAUUGAGAAAUGGCUUACAAACAAUUAAUGUCACUAAUCAUAAAAUAAAUUAUAUGACAAUGGAAUUAGAAAAAAUCACAGAGUUUAUAACGAAUCACACUAAAUUCUGCGAUGAAAUGUUUACCACUAUUUCUAAAUAUAUUAAAGAAAUAGAUAACAAAAAAAAAGAAAUUUACAUCAUUUCUAAAAAUAUAAAAGAAGAUGAGUUAAAAUGCCAAGAAAUGUACAAUAUAGCUUUAUCGGAAUUAAAACUUAUGAUUCCUGGAUUAGAAGAAGCUACAAAUAACGUAUGUGCUCUUAAUAAAAAAGAUCUCUCAGAAAUUAAAUGUUUCUCCGUACCUCCAGAAGGUGUGAAAUUAGUUUUAGGAGCCGUUAUGACAUUAAAACUAGCUGAUCCAAGUUGGGCAGAAGCUAAAAGACAACUAGAUGAUCCUAAUUUUCUACAUCAGUUAAAAGAUUUUGAUAAAAACCACGUAACCGAUAAUGUCCUGAAACAACUUGAUGUAUUUAUAAAAAAUCCAGAAUUUGAACUAGAAAAAAUUGGUCUUCAGUCAACAGCUGCUAAAUCUUUAGGCAUGUGGGUUGUUGCUAUCGAAAAAUAUGCUAAAAUGUACAGAACUAUAACACCUAAAAGAGUGACUGCGGAUUUAGCAAUGGCAAAAGUUAAAGAAGAUCAAAUUUCCCUCAAAAAAUUAGAAGAAAAUCUGGCAGAAAAACAAAAUCUACUUGAAAAACAAAAAUUGGAUUUCGAUGAAAAUAUAACUAAAAAAGAACAGCUUAUUACUAAAGCUGAAGAAUUAAAAAGCAAUUUGGAAAAAGCUACAAAACUAAUCGAUGGAUUAUCCAAAGAAAGAAUGAAGUGGAGUAAAACAUUAAGUCAAAUCGACAAGGAAUAUGAUUAUUUACCAGGAGAUUGUGUUUUAAGUACUGCGUUUGUAUCAUACAUGGGACCGUUUAGGUUUAAAUCUCGAGAGAUUAUAAUGAAUUUAUGGUUACAAAUUAUAAGAGAAAAUGGAGCUCUUAACAACCCCAACUUUGAAGUUACUUUAUUUUUAACGAAUCCAACAACAAUCAGAAACUGGAACAACCACGGAUUAUCCAAUGAUAGAUUUAGUUUAGAAAAUGGUAUUAUCAUUAGCCAAAGUUAUAGAUAUCCAUUCAUAAUAGAUCCACAAAGUCAAGCAUGGAGAUGGAUUAAAAAUAUUGAAUUGGAUAAUGGAUUAAAAAUUAUUGAUUAUAGAUCAAAAAAUAGUAUGCAGAAUUUAGAAAUUGCCCUACAAAACGGUUAUCCGACUUUGAUACAAAUUGAUUUUGAAAAUGUCGAUCCACUUAUAAUUUCAAUAUUAUCUAGAUCUAUUUUGAAACAAAGGAAUAAACUUUUUAUACGAAUAGGUAGUAAACUAUUACCCUACAAUGAACGUUUUAGACUUUUCAUUACUACAAGAAUAAAAGAUUGUUAUUAUUUAUCUGAAAUAAUAUUAAGGACUACAGUUGUCGAUUUCGCUAUUACAGAGGAAGGUCUAGAAGAACAAUUAUUAAAAAUUUUAGUCAAUGUAGAAAACCCUGGUUUAGAAGAGCUUAGAGAUAAUACGAUCAUAAAUAUUGAAAAAGAUAAAAGAUGUCUAGUUGACUUACAAGAUGAGUUGCUUAAAUUAUUGGAUGACAGUGAAUGCUCAUUAUUAGAAAAUGAACAACUUCUCCUAACUUUAAGAUCUUCGAAAGCGACAUUUAGCAUAGUGAAAGAACGUCUUCAAAGCUCUUUAGCUAGUCAAGCGGAAAUCUACAUAGCUCGAGAGGGCUAUAGACCGUGUGCCAAACGUGCCACCAUACUGUAUUUUAUUAUCAAUGACCUAGAUAAAUUGAACCCAAUGUAUCAGUUUUCGUUGGAUUUUUAUACCGAAUUAUUUAAAAAUUCAAUUAAAAAGAGCAACGCAGCAGAACAACUUAUCGAAAGGAUUGAUAAUUUAAAUGAACAUCACACAUAUGCAGUUUACGAAAACAUCUGUCGUGGAUUGUUCGAACGCCAUAAGUUGCUUUUUUCGUUCCAAAUAUGUACUAAAAUAUUGAUUACGGAAAAUAAAAUUAAUGAAAAUGAAUUUGAAUUCUUAUUGAACGGUGGAAUUAAACCAAAUGAAAGACAAGAAAAACAGCUAUUUACGACAAAACGCCCGGACUGGUUACCUGCAAUAUGUUGGGAUAACAUUUUGGCGUUAAGUAGCUUUCCAGAUUUUCAUGAUGUAGAAAAAUCAUUUGAAAAAUGUUCAACUGAGUGGAAUACGUGGUACUUGUCCUCGGAUCCAGAAAAUCUAAAACUCGUUGGUCCAUGGGAAAAUAAAUGUAAUUUAUUUCAGCGUAUUCUAUUUAUAAGAAGCUUACGAUUAGAUCGAUUAUCAUUUUCCAUCAAACAUUUUCUAUCAAAGAAUCUUGGACGUCAAUUUACUGAGACCCCAGUCGUGGAUUUCAAACAAAUUUUAAAUGAUCUAAAUAAUACUAAUUGUUUGAUUUUUAUUUUGUCCCCGGGUUCUGAUCCGACAAAUAUGUUAACACACUUGAUUAAAAAUUACAAUAAGAAAGAAAAAUUUCAAUCUCUAUCUUUAGGCAAUGGUCAAGAGUCAAUUGCCACCAACUUGAUUAAAACUGCACAAAAAGAAGGUCAAUGGAUAUUUCUCUCGAAUUGCCACCUCCUAUCAACAUGGAUGCCGCAGUUAGAUAAAAUAAUUGAAAUUAUGCAAGAUGGUAACACCCAUCCAGACUUUAAAUUGUGGCUAAGUUCUAAGCCACAUCCGAAAUUUCCAAUAACAUUAUUACAAACUGCUAUAAAAGUAUCAUCUGAACAACCCAAGAACAUAAAAUCCAGUUUGUUGCUUUUAUACCAAAAUAUUAACGAAGAGGAAUUUUCUCAAAACCAAGCAUCUAGCAAAUACAAAAAAAUACUAUUUAACUUGUGUUUUUUCCAUUCUAUACUAACUGUAAGAAAAAAAUUUCUAAGCCUGGGAUGGAAUAAAAUGUAUGACUUUAGUGAUUUCGAUUUCAAGGUAUCAGAAAACAUUUUAUUCAAUUAUCUCAACGAGUACGAAGAAACUCCCUGGACUGCAUUACGAUAUUUAAUAGGAAAUAUCUUUUAUGGUGGAAACAUAACUGAUAUUUGGGAUAAAAGACUUUUGGACACAUACAUAAACCAAUUUUUCAAUGACAAUUCUAUUACAAUUAAUUUUUACAAGUUAUCGUCACUGAUCAAUUGUCAUGUCCCUGAAAAUGGUACUUUACAAUCUUACAAAGACUUCAUAAAAACAUUACCCUGCGAAGAUGUAGCUCAGACGUUAGGCCAGCAUUCAAACGCCGAUGUGAUUUAUUUAACGAGAGAAAAUUAUUCAUUAUGUGAAACACUAUCAUUUUUACAAAAACAGUUUAAUGGCUCAUCAGACAAUGAAAAGGAAAAAAAAGUGCUUUUUCAAGUAUCUCAGAUCCUUCAAAAUAUUCCUCCAUUAAUUAAUCACGAAAUUAUUGUUGAAAACAUUGAUAUAAAAAGAAGUUUAUUGAAUACUGUCAUUUUGCAAGAGGCAAUGUGUUAUAAUAAUUUACUUAAGAAGAUGGAAAUGACAUUGAUGACAUUAGAAAAAGGAAUCACAAGCCUAAUGGUUAUACCACUUGAUAUUGAAAACAUGUUUGAAAAAAUAUACAAUGGCAAAGUUCCAGAUCAAUGGCUAAAAACAUAUCCAUCCUUAAUGAAUUUGGGUGCGUGGAUGAAAAAUUUAAUUGAACGUGUAAAAUAUUUUACUACUUUGGUAAACGCAAGUCAACAACCUGUUUCAAUUUGGUUGGGAGCUUUCACUUCUCCUACUGCUUUCUUAACUUGUAUACUACUGAGUGAAUCAAAACAGUCUUCAGUGCAAAUAGAUUUACUUAGCUGGGAAUUUAUACCUAUUCCGAUAUCAGAGAAUGACUUACUAAAUCCACCAGACAAAGGAGUAUAUAUACAUAAUCUAUAUUUGGAAGGCGCUGGUUGGGAUAAGGAACAUUUGUGUUUAUGUGAACCAUCACCAUUAGAAUUGAUAACUGUAUUACCCAUCAUACAUUUUUUACCCGUAGAAGGCAAAAGAAGUCUCCCAGAUUUUUACCAAAGUCCAGUAUACUAUUGUCCAAAACGAAGUGAAAUACACAAUACAUAUACAUGUGCUGUCAUAUUAAGCUUAAAAAGUGGGUCUCAACAUCCAGAUCAUUGGAUUAAACGAUCUACAGCAGUAUUAUUAAAUUUAGAAAAUUAAAUUACUAAAUUAUAUUAGAGCUUUAAGCCUUUAAAUAAAUUGUAUUUUAAAGUUUAUUUGUAGUUUAUUCCACAUUCACUAAAACUAUGUAGCCAUAUUUAGAUUUAGGUGGAUAUGUAGGUAUCUUAUUUAUUGUAUUUUAUUUUAAAUAUUAAAGUGUAAACAUUUAAUACACGUAAACAUAUAUUAAAUAUCAAAGUAUAAACAUUUAAUAUAUAUAAACACAUCUAAUAAUAAAUGUUAAAUACAUUAGGGAUAUUUAGUUUAAGCCAAUGACACUCGUGUUUAU